CCGAAUCAGUUUCACCUCCCCGUGUUGUUGACACAGGAGGGAUGUUGCACAUGGUUCUGAUCUGAUUGGGACACCCCGGCUCAGGACAGGGAGGACCCGCUCCGAGCCCAAUCCACGCCAUGGACUCAUCGUCAGCCAUUUCACGCUCACCGCUACCUAAAAGGAUCUUGAAAUGGGUUUCUUCAAGCUGAACUGCGUCAGUCAGCAUCAAAUAAACCUGGAGUUAUAAGGGAACAAUUUUGAACACAACAUGGAUGGAAAUCAGAACGUCUGGGGACAGCAGAACAUGAACAGAUUUUGCUUCGGUCCGAGUGCUGGCGUGGAGCGCAGCCUGAGGGAGCAACAAACUGUCAAGGAACAGAACUCAAACAUCUCCUUCUCUCUUUUCCCCCUUUUCUCCGAUUCCUACCACCUAACCUCAGAGGACACACUGCUGCCCAGUGAGGGAGACCAGGUGGUCCCGUCCUCCCAGAAACAAGAAGCAUUUGGGGGCCACCAGAAAGAGGUCAAACCCCUCCCUCCUCUGCCUGACCUUGAGGAGUUCAUGUCAGAUGAAGCUGCUGACAGCGAGGUCGAGUUUUUUACCAGUGACCGCCAGAGCCUUUUGCCCAAAAGCUGCCCGAAGGCCAUUUGUCGGGGCAGCAACAAAUUCAGCGGCCAGGUAAACCAUGCCUACAGGGAGAGCUCGAUGCUGGACGGAGGAACUAGGUGUGGCUCCAUGGCUUUCUCUUGGCCCAACAGAGAGGACAGACCAAGUAGCAGAAGAAGCAGGUUUGAAGCUAACAGUUUUAACUUCGCUCCCCAGAAAGAAAACCAGUUUGGAAGCAAGGAGCCAGAACAAUACAAAGUGUCCAAAAUCCAGUUUUCCUGUUCAGGUUUUCCUGUUCAAGCACACGUGAGCUCCACAACCUGUCCCACCGAAAAGCCAAAACUUCCUCCUCGUGUCCCCAUCCCACCUAAACCCUCGGCUCUUUUAAAGAGCACCAACGAAGAAGAUAAGCCACCUAAAAUCCCUCCAAGGGUCCCUUUAGUUCCACCCUGCCCAUCUCGCACGCCGAGCCCCAAAAGUCUCCCCAUUUACAUUAACGGAGUGAUGCCCGUCACUCAGAGCUUCGCUGCUAAUCCAAAUUAUGUUAGUAAGGCCCUGCAGAGACCGCAGCGUGAAAGGGCACCGCCUCCUACGCAGCUUUCGCCAUGUAUCGUUCCCAUUUUGAAGGAUGGCAAACAGACCAGCGCCACACACUACAUUCUGCUGCCGCCAGGCUGCCCGGCUCGUACCGAGAGACGAGAGAGACUCCUGAGCGAACCGAACCGGGCAGGAAGUACCGGCGCCUGGCAUAAAAGAUAAAAACUGAAAUCUGAAUUGUAUAA